AUGGACAGGAUUGAGAGGCCGACCGCCGAGCAAGUCGCCGCGUAUGGGAGCCAACGACGAGCCGCUCCUCCUGCUGAUACCUCCUCCUGCGAUGUCAACGACGCUGGAUCCAUGCUGAGCUACCUCGACUCGCUCUCUGUUACUGUUCAAUCCAGGGAUUUCAACCAUCUUCAGCUCGUCAUCGACGAGUUGAGAGCCAUGAUCAAAAAGCUGGAGAUCCAGAAGCAUGAGCAACAAGUCAAGAUCGAGCAGGCCGCAGCAGCUGCUGAAAUCGCUGAAGCAAAACUACUCAGCCUACAGGCCACUGUUGCUCGAUGGACAUCCUGA